AUGGCGGGGGAGGCCAAGAAGCUCUUCGCCGCGUCCGAGGUCGCGCUCCACGCCUCCAGGAAGGACUGCUGGGUCGUCAUCGGCGGCAAGGCGAGUGAGAAGGAGAUCUUGCUUGCUGUGUAUGAUGUGACCAAGUUCUUGGAGGACCACCCUGGGGGAGAGGAUGUGCUCCUCCAUGCAUCAGCCUCUGGGGAUGCCACGGAAGCAUUUGAAGAGGUGGGACACAGCACUUCAGCUGUCAGCAUGAUGGACAGCUACUUGAUCGGAAGCAUCAAGGGCUAUGUUUGUCCGAGUGCAUCGAAGGCCACAGAUCCUUGGAGCGCUGAUGUACCACCAAAUUCCAGGACAAUGCAAGGGAACAAAGGCCCUCCUAAUCCAAAUACCUUCCUGGACUUUCUACUCCCAUUGUUUGUGCUAGGCCUGGCAUUUGCAGCUUGGUAUUACCUAACCUUCAUCUCCAAGAACCAUUAA